GAGUCUCGCGAUGGGAUGUCGCGGUAUUUCGCUCGUGGCAGAGUUGAAACGUGUGCUCUCUCUCUCGCCCCGCCGUCUUUUUCCUGCAGCGGACGAGAGGAGCGGCCACGCACUGCGGGCUGCUGCGGAGAUACACUAAUAAUCAUGGUGCUGUUGCACGUGUUGUUCGAACAUGCGGCGGGAUAUGCACUGUUUGCUGUCAAAGAGGUGGAGGAGAUUGGCAUGCUGCUGCCUCAGGUUGAGGAGAGCGUGCUGAACAUUGGGAAGUUCAAUAGCAUGGUGAGCCUGGCUGCCUUCUUCCCCUUCAAGUCUGCCCAGGCUGCCCUGGAGAACAUGAACGCCAUCUCUGAAGGCGUGGUUCAUGCAGACCUGAAGUUGUUCCUUGAGACAAAUCUGCCUCUCUCUGGGAAGAAGAAAGCUACUUUGGGGGUUUCUGAUUCCAAAGUUGGAGCAGCUUUACAAGAAGAAUUCACCAUUUCCAUCCAGACCGGUGGGGUGGUGGCAGAGAUAACAAGAGGUAUACGUCUGCACUUCCACUCUUUGGUGAAGGGUCUGACCGGCCUGGCUGCCUCCAAGGCACAGCUGGGUCUCGGCCACAGCUACUCCAGAGCAAAAGUCAAAUUCAAUGUCAACAGGGCCGACAACAUGAUCAUCCAGUCCAUUGCUCUGUUGGAUCAGCUAGAUAAGGACAUCAACACUUUCUCCAUGCGUGUCCGUGAGUGGUAUGGCUACCACUUCCCGGAGCUGAUCAAGAUUGUGUCAGACAACUCUAUGUACUGCCGCCUGGCUCAGCUCAUCGGCAACAGGAAGGAGUUGUCAGAGGAGAGUCUGGAGAGCCUGGAGGAGGUGGUGAUGGACAGCGCAAAGGCCCAGGCCAUCCUAGACGCAUCACGGUCCUCAAUGGGUAUGGACAUCUCUCCCAUUGACCUGAUCAACAUCGAGAGGUUCUCCAAUCGUGUUGUAUCUCUGGCUGCCUACCGGCUGGAGCUGCAGGAAUACCUGCGAUCCAAGAUGAGCCAAGUGGCUCCAAACCUGGCAGCCUUAAUUGGAGAAGUGGUGGGUGCUCGUCUCAUCUCUCAUGCAGGCAGUCUAACCAACCUGGCCAAGUACCCAGCCUCCACCGUUCAGAUCCUGGGAGCAGAGAAGGCCCUGUUCAGAGCCCUGAAGACACGUGGCAACACCCCCAAGUACGGACUAAUCUUCCACUCGACCUUCAUUGGACGGGCUGCUGCCAAGAACAAAGGCCGCAUCUCCAGAUAUCUGGCAAACAAGUGCACCAUCGCCUCACGCAUCGACUGUUUCUCAGAAAUACCCACAUGUGUGUUUGGUGACAAGCUGCGCGAACAGGUGGAAGAGCGCCUGUCUUUUUAUGAGACUGGCGAUGUACCUCGGAAGAAUGUGGAUGUCAUGAAAGACGCUGUGAAAGAGGCUACUGAUGUUGCAGCUGAGAUCAAGCGGAAACUGGAGAAGAAGGAAAAGAAACGCAAGAAGCGUGAGAAGAAGUUGCAAGAAGAAGCAAAUGGUGAAACCAACGGUGAAGCUGAGGUGGAGAACGGAGAAGCUGACGCCACUGUAGUGAAGAAGAAAAAGAAGAAACAAGCAGCUGAGGAGAUGGAGGUCCAAGCAGAAAACGGAGAAGAGGACACUCCAGCAAAGAAGAAAAAGAAGCGAAAGUCUGAGGCCGAGGAGGUAGAGGUCCCAGCAGAGGAGGCGGAGGACACCAGUACUCCAGCCAAGAAGAAAAAGAAACAAAAGACUGAGACCAUGGACACAGAGCCGGCAGAAGAGACCUCAGAAGCACCCGUGUCUGAGAAGAAAAAGAAAAAGAAGAAAAAGGAGAACGGCGACUAAAGAAUGUGGUCAAAGACUGAAUCAUUUUUGUGUAUAGUUUAUUUUUUAUGCGUUUUACUUUAUCUGAGGCUUGUUUAUGUUAGCAGCUUUAUGUUGUAUUGUCUUUUUGGAAACCUCAAAGUGGGUUAGACUGCAAAUAAAUGCUCAUCAUUGUGCCUUGAUUUCAAUGAAACUGUACUUCUGUAAAUAAAAUACUUCCACUUGUA